UUCGCCGCAGCCCCGACCCGGAGGCUCCAGCCGCUUCCUGCUUCCCCUGGCCAGGAGGAGCGGCCGCCGUUGCUCACUGCGGUGAGAGGCGGUGGGGUGGCCGGCGGCGCCCAAAGUCGGAGAGGUGCCGGCGGUAUCUGCGGCCUUUUUUUGCCCGGCCCUGAGGGAGCGCUCCUAGCCUUGCAUCUGCUGAAGUGCCUCGCCGUCCCUGCUGUCGGGAGGUUUGGGAGAGGGAUUCUGGAAAAGCGGGAGCCGAGAAGACCUCGCCACCCUCUCUUAAACUCCUCCAACUAAGCCUUCCGUAGCUGUAGGGUACUUUCCUCCCCCAGAGCUUGCAUCGCAACAGCAGCCCCCGGAUACUUUGUACGGAAUUUGUAUGUCGGGCUCAUGAUGACUUAAUGUUUUGCUUCCUCCAAGACUGGUGUUUUACUCUCUGGAAUUUAUCUUUUGCGACGGAAGGAAGACAAAAAAUUCUCCCCCUCCCUGCUGAUGGGCAGAAAACUUUCCUGAAUCCCUUUCAUUACAGUUUCUUGGGAAGUUUGCAAUCCCCUUUCACCAAACAUUAGAGACACAUUAGAGUUUUAUCAGGUUCGGUAAAGUUUGGGUCUAAUAAACAAUGGAGCAUGGCAAGAUGGAUUAUUUCUGUGACCAGGUACAACAAAAGGAUGUGGGCCGCAGGUUGCAAGUGGGCCAGGAAUUUCUGGAAUAUUUGAAUGAUCCCAGCAUUUCUACUGAUCUUGAGCAGGAUCAGCAGCGCCUUGAUAAAGUGAUUGAUGAAUUAACAGGAUGGGUUAACUCUAGUAAUUAUAAGGUAUCAUUACUUGGAUUAGAACUUCUAGGUGCCUUUGGUGACAGAUUAUUAGGACGUUUCAGAGCCUAUGUAGGAGCUGUUCUUAUAGUGUUGAUGGAUCGAAUGGGAGAUGCCAAAGACCAGGUUCGAGAACAGGCCCAGAAUCUUACUUUGAAGUUAAUGGACCAAGUAGCUCCACCAAUGUUCAUUUGGGAACGGCUUGCUGCUGGCUUUAAACACAAGAACUAUCGUUCACGAGAAGGCGUGUGUCUGUGUCUUAUUGCAACAUUAAAUGCCUAUGGUGCACAGUCACUAAUCCUCAGCAAACUGGUGCCACACUUGUGUGUUUUGUCUGGAGACUCCAAUAGCCAGGUGAGAGAUGCUGCAAUAUUGGCAAUUGUGGAGAUUUAUAAACAUGUAGGAGAAAAAGUAAGAGCAGACCUUAACAAGAGAGGAAUUCCUGCUGCAAGAUUACAGACAAUAUUUAUGAAAUUUGAUGAAGUAAGAAACAGCGGCAGUAUGAUUUCAAGCAGUAUCAGUGAUAAAAGCUUUGAUGAUGAAGAAUCAGUGGAUGGAAAUAGGCCAUCUGCAACUGCUUCAGGUUUCAAGGUUCCUGCACCUAAAAAACCUGGAAAUCCUUCGAAUACAACAAGAAAGCCGGGAUCUGCUGGUGGGCCUAAGGUUGCAGGUACUACCAAGGAAGGAGGAGCUGGUGCUGUUGAUGAAGAUGAUUUUAUAAAAGCAUUUACAGAUGUUCCUACUGUACAGAUCUAUUCUAGUCGUGAACUUGAAGAAACACUAAAUAAAAUCAGGGAAAUCUUAUCAGAUGAUAAACAUGAUUGGGAUCAGCGCACCAAUGCGCUUAAGAAGGUCCGGUCAUUACUUGUCGCUGGAGCUGCACAAUAUGAUGGGUUUUUCCAGCAUUUACGACUACUGGAUGGAGCAUUUAAAUUAUCUGCUAAAGAUCUCAGAUCACAGGUGGUUAGAGAAGCUUGCAUCACAGUAGCCCAUCUUUCAACAGUUCUGGGAAACAAGUUUGACCAUGGAGCAGAAGCCAUUGUGCCUACUCUAUUUAAUCUGGUCCCUAAUAGCGCCAAAGUAAUGGCUACUUCUGGGUGUGCAGCCAUUAGAUUUAUUAUCCGUCAUACACAUGUGCCGAGACUCAUACCUUUAAUAACCAGCAAUUGUACCUCAAAAUCUGUGGCAGUAAGGAGGCGCUCUUUUGAAUUUUUAGACCUAUUGUUGCAAGAGUGGCAAACCCAUUCUUUGGAAAGGCAUGCAGCUGUUCUGGUUGAAACUAUCAAGAAGGGCAUUCAUGAUGCUGAUGCUGAGGCAAGAGUGGAGGCUAGAAAGACUUAUCUAGGCCUAAGAAAUCAUUUUCCUGGCGAGGCAGAAGUUCUGUAUAAUAGUCUUGAACCAUCCUAUCAAAGAAGUCUCCAGACCUACUUAAAGAAUUCUGGUAGCAUUGCAUCACUUCCACAAUCAGACAGGUCAUCCUCCAGCUCGCAAGAAAGUCUCAAUCGUCCCUUCUCUUCAAAAUGGUCCACCUCCAGUUCUGCAAGUAUGGCUGGCAGAGUUUCAAGUGGGAGCAAGGCUGCUCCAAGCCCAGGAACGCUGCAAAGGUCUCGCAGUGACAUUGAUGUUAAUGCUGCCGCUGGGGCAAAGGCACGUCACGCUAUUGGUCAGCCAGCAGGAGCUGGUCGCUUAGCAACAGCUGGUCUACCUCCAGGAUCAUACGCUUCAUUAGGACGCGUGCGAACCAAACUUUCAACACCCUCUGUCGGAAUGGGAAAUGCAAAGACAGAUUCCAGAGGCCGGAGUCGAACAAAAGUUGUAUCUCAGUCUCAACGUUCAUCAUCGCCAGACAAAAAUGAAGCUGGAAGCCGUUCUGGUUCUCCUGGAAGAGUUUUGACUACAACUACACUCUCAACUAUGAAUACAGGUGUUCAGAGAGUACUAGUCAGCCCUGCAACAGCACAAAAACGGAGCAAGAUUCCUCGAAGCCAAGGAUGCAGCAGAGAAGCCAGUCCUUCAAGAUUGUCAGUUGCUCGAGGUAGUCGUAUUCCUCGGCCUAGUGUGAGUCAGGGGUGCAGUCGGGAAGCCAGUCGUGAAAGUAGCAGGGAUACAAGCCCUGUCCGCUCUUUUGCACCCCUUGGAACAGGUUUUGGAAUAAGUCAAUCAAGCCGAUUAUCUUCAUCAGUUAGUGCCAUGCGUGUCUUAAACACAGGCUCAGACGUAGAAGAAGCAGUAGCAGAUGCAUUGAAAAAGCCAGUUCGAAGAAGGUAUGAAUCAUAUGGAAUGUACUCUGAUGAUGAUGCUAACAGUGAUGCUUCUAGUGCCUGCUCAGAAAGAUCAUAUAGCUCACGGAAUGGCACUAUACCCACCUAUAUGCGACAGACAGAAGAUGUUGCUGAAGUCCUUAACCGCUGUGCAAGCUCCAACUGGUCAGAGAGAAAAGAAGGUCUUCUCGGUUUACAAAAUUUAUUAAAAAAUCAGAGGACAUUAAGUCGUGUUGAAUUAAAAAGGUUGUGUGAAAUCUUCACAAGGAUGUUUGCUGAUCCUCAUAGCAAGAGAGUGUUCAGCAUGUUUUUGGAAACAUUAGUAGAUUUCAUCCAAGUCCAUAAAGAAGAUUUACAGGAUUGGCUGUUUGUGUUGCUGACACAACUUCUGAAAAAAAUGGGUGCUGACUUGUUGGGAUCUGUGCAAGCAAAAGUUCAGAAGGCAUUAGAUGUGACAAGGGAAUCAUUUCCAAAUGAUCUUCAGUUCAGUAUUUUAAUGCGGUUUACUGUUGACCAGACCCAAACACCAAGUCUAAAGACAGUCAAGCCAGCACUGCAGGACCAGCUUCGCUCUUUUUGGAGCUCCAAGGUGAAAGUUGCAAUCCUUAAAUACAUAGAGACCCUUGCACAACAGAUGGACCCAGGAGAUUUUGUAAAUUCAAGUGAAACGCGUCUGGCUGUAUCUCGAAUUAUCACUUGGACAACAGAACCUAAAAGUUCAGAUGUUAGGAAGGCUGCACAAUCAGUGCUGAUUUCUCUUUUUGAACUCAAUACCCCUGAGUUUACCAUGCUGUUGGGUGCUUUACCAAAAACAUUUCAAGAUGGUGCCACAAAGUUGCUUCACAGUCACCUCCGGAGUACAGGCAAUGGUGGACAGGGCUCCAUGGGAAGCCCUUUAACAAGGCCUGUUCCACGCUCACCAGCUAGUUGGUCUAGCCCCAUCACUUCACCAACCAAUACAUCCCAAAACACACUGUCACCAAGUGCAUUUGAUUACGAUUCUGAAAAUAUGAAUUCAGAAGAUAUAUAUAGUUCUCUCCGUGGAGUGACCGAAGCAAUUCAAAACUUUAGCUUCCGCAGUCAGGAAGAUAUGAAUGAACCUGUGAAACGGGAUUCAAAAAAAGAAGAUGGUGAUUCAAUUUGCAGUGGGUCUGGAAUAGUAGAUCUACGAACAGGAAGUGGUGUGACUGAUACAGGCCGAACAGCUCUUGAUAACAAAACUUCGUUACUUAACACUAUGCCUCCUCAUUCCUCCCCACGGUCACGUGAUUAUAAUCCAUACAAUUAUUCUGAUAGCGUUGGUUCUUUUAAUAAAUCAGCUUUAAAAGAGGCUAUGUUUGAUGACGAUGCAGAUCAGUUUCCUGAUGAACCUUCCCUAGACCAUUCUGAUCUAGUUGCAGAAUUGCUAAAGGAAUUAUCAAAUCAUAAUGAGAGAGCUGAAGAACGGAAAGCUGCUCUUUAUGAGCUAAUGAAAUUGACUCAGGAGGAGUCUUUUGGUGUUUGGGAUGAGCACUUCAAAACAAUUCUUCUUUUGUUACUUGAAACUCUUGGAGACAAAGAGCAUGCAAUUAGAGCCCUGGCGUUGAAAGUCUUAAGAGAGAUUCUAAGACAUCAACCAGCAAGAUUUAGAAAUUAUGCAGAACUCACAAUAAUGAAGACUUUAGAAGCUCAUAAGGACCCUCAUAAGGAGGUGGUAAGAUCAGCUGAAGAGGCUGCUACUAUGCUGGCCACAUCUAUUAGUCCAGAUCAGUGCAUCAAAGUACUUUGUCCCAUUAUUCAAACAGCAGAUUACCCUAUAAAUCUGGCUGCAAUCAAAAUGCAGACCAAAGUGAUAGAAAGAGUACCUAAAGAAACUCUUGCUCAGCUCUUGCCAGAGAUAGUACCAGGUUUAAUACAGGGCUACGAUAACUCUGAAAGCAGCGUUCGAAAAGCAUGUGUCUUCUGUCUUGUAGCUAUUCAUGCAGUAAUUGGUGAUGAGCUGAAGCCACAUCUUAGUCAACUCACUGGCAGCAAAAUGAAAUUGUUGAAUCUUUACAUCAAGCGUGCACAAACAGGAUCUGGAGCAGGUGAUGCAUCAGCAGAUGUUCCUGGACAAAGCUAGUAAUUCUGAAACCCACCUAUUAUGUCUGUAAGAGGAAAGACACAUCAGUAAAAGGAAAAUUCUCAGAUACAUUUUUUGGAACUUCUCUCUCUCUCUCUCUCUCUCUCUCUCUAUC